GGCGAGAAGCAGCUCAGUGGUGAGGUAGCGGUCGUGGUGUUCGGACAGUGUGGGGUUCCAUGCGCUGACAGCGACCAUGCUGCACUCGGCCGACACGCACAAAAACGGCUUCGUCCCCGGGGGAACCAAAGGGGACGCCGGGGCCGCGCACCCCAGCGAACUCCUACCCCUCAGCAAGGAGGACCCAGACGAUGGGGACGCUCACCAAAACGACGCUGGGGAGGUACGUGUCACUAUCCACGAGAACCCCCUUCAGGAGGCCGACGCCUGGAGCAACACGGGGACACAACAACAGCAGCAGGAAAGGCCGCAGCGAGCAGAGUCGGGGAAAUGCUCCAAAACGACAGUGCUGGAACGGUACCUGCUUGCUCUGGCCCUCCUGCUGGGGUUGGCCUGCUUGGCUCUUCUCCUCCUGCUCCUCCUGCGUCCUCCACCCUCAGAUACGUCAAGAAUAUGCUUAACGAAGGAAUGUGUUAAAACAGCUGCAUCCUUACUGGCGGCAAUGGAUCAGACUGCAGACCCGUGUAAUGACUUCUUCCAGUACGCCUGUGGCAUGUGGAACAAGAAGCACAUCAUCCCUGAAGACCGAGCCUCUAUCAACACCUUCGAGGUCAUGGCUGACCAGCUCCAGAAGAUCCUCAGAGGGUUGUUAGAGAUGCCGGUGAGUCCUGUGGAGGGUGACGCCACCAAGAAAGCCAAGCUCUUCUACUCUGCUUGCAUGAAUACCAGCCAGAUCGAGGCAACGGGAGACGGUCCCUUAUCUGAGGUUCUGGUCUCCCUGGGAGGCUGGCCGGUGACGACGCCGAACUGGACGGUGCCAAACUUCUCCGUGGAGACCCUGAUUGGGAGGCUUCGUGGAGAUCUCAACCAAGGCAUCCUAAUCGACCAGUGGGUGGGACCCGACGACAAGAAUUCCUCCGUCAACGUCAUACAGCUAGACCAGAUGGUACUGGGACUGUCCAGCCGAGACUACUUUCUGAGGACCAAUUCGUCGCGCCCCGCCCUCGACGCAUACCUCAAGUACGUUCUUCAGACUCCCAUCAUCGCGACGCUGCCGGAAGCAGACCGCCACGACACCGGAAGUACGUACGUCAAAUUGAGUUUGGCGCAGUUGCAAGAAGAAGUGCCGGAGUUCGCGUGGUCGGACUACCUGUCAGCCUUCCUGAAGGAGAAACUCACGCCGGAGGAGCCCAUUGUCGUGUACUCCAUGCCUUACCUCAAGUGUCUCGCUAAGAUCAUGGUUGAGACUGACAAAAGAGUGUUGUGGAACUACGUGUUGUGGCGGCUGAUUCUGGACAUGACUCCCCACCUGAGCCGGGCCUACCGCGCCAGCAGACACGAGUUUCAGAAGGUGCUUCUGGGCAUCCAGUCUGACAGGAACCGCUGGAAUCUCUGCAUCGACUGGACCAACAAGCGACUGGGUAUGGCUGUAGGGGCACUCUUCAUCAAAGAAAAUUUCAAUCCAGAAAGCAAGGAGACGGCGCUGGAGAUGAUCCACACCCUGAGGUCCGCCUUCUCCGACCUACUGGAGGAGAACGACUGGAUGGAUGACGAGACGAGAGCCGUAGCUCGCGAGAAGGCCAACGCUAUGAACGAAAAGAUAGGCUACCCGGAGAUGCUAACCAAGCCAGAUGAACUGGCCAAGGAAUACCAGAAUCUGACCAUCGUGGAGAACCAGCACUUACAGAAUGUCUUCAACUGGCUGAAGUACGACGCCAACAAGAACUUGGGUCGCCUGCGGGAGGAUGUCAACAAAGCCAAGUGGUCCACCGCACCGGCUGUUCUCAACGCUUUCUACAACCCUAACUUUAAUGAUAUAGUUUUCCCAGCGGGGAUCCUGCAGCCACUCUUCUACUCUCAGCACCUUCCCAAGUCCCUCAACUAUGGUGGCAUUGGUGUUGUUAUUGGACACGAGAUGACCCACGGCUUCGACGACAAGGGUCGACAGUUUGACAAGGAGGGUAACCUCAAACAGUGGUGGAACAACCGUACCAUUCAGGCUUUUAGAGAUCGCGCCCAGUGCAUCAUCGACCAGUAUGCGGGGUACAAGGUCGAGCAGGUCAACCAGUACAUCAAUGGUCGCAUGACCCAAGGGGAAAAUAUUGCUGACAAUGGUGGCAUAAAACAGGCGUACAGGGCGUACCGACAGUGGGUGAAGAGGAACGGAGAGGAAAAGUUGCUGCCGGGAAUGCAACUUAACCACGACCAACUCUUCUUCCUCAACUACGCUAGGAUCUGGUGCGGCACCAUGCGCCCAGAAGACGCUCUUUCCAAGAUCCGCUCCUCGGUGCACUCCCUAGGACCCAUCAGAGUCCUGGGCCCCCUCUCAAACUCCGAGGACUUCGCGAGGUCCUACAACUGCCCUGUUGGAAGUAGGAUGAACCCGAAGAAGAAGUGCUCAGUGUGGUGAAGUGUCGAUAUCCCGAGAAGCGAAGCUUCACAUUCGUACUCGUUUCGUUUUAUAUAUUUUUUUUUCGCUGAAGAAAUGCAAGUUGCCAUUUGGAUAUUGAUGGUGGGUACUCAUAUGGAGGUGUUGAAGUUGUUAGUGGGUGUUCACCGGAGGUGUUUAGGUUAGUGACAGGUGUUCCAGGUGAGAUGUAACGUUGUAUCUGGUGGCAUGUAUUCUCAUGGAGGUGUUGAGACUGACAGGUGUUCUUUCAGAGGUGUUAAAGAUGGUGGCGGCAGUUCGUGCGGAGGUGCUGAGACGGAAGUGGGUGUUGUUGCAGAGAUGUUAGUUAUUAGCGGACAGUAUUUCAGGGUUGCUGAAGUUGGUGUCGGUAGUUCACGCGUAUGUAUAAGUUGGAGGUGGGUGUUAGUGCAGAGAUAAUAAGGUUGGAGGUGGGAGAAAUGACAAUGGUGGCGAUGACAGGAUUUAUGACAAUAGUAGCAGUGGAGGUAUUUUGAAACAAGUGGGAUUUGUGAGCGGCUGUGCUGAAAGAAGUGACAUAGGUCGUACUGUUGGAAUUUGUGAUAGUGGUGGUGUUGGGAGAAAUUACAGAGGUAGUGGUAGGAUUAGCAAGAAUAAAAAAUAGAAAUAAAGGCACGAAAACCAUUUUAGGUCUAGGGAAGGGGUGAAAACAGAAAAUUAGUCAAGAAAAAAGAACAGGGAAGUUUUAGUUGAUAUAUAUAGAAGAAACUGAUGAUCGAGGGAAGUCAUAGUUAUAGAUAAAAGAAAAAAUUGGUUUUUCAAAUUGGACAGAUUUCAAAUUUCAUUAGAAGGCAAUAUUUGCAUGAUGUAUAAAAUACAUAUUUAUAUAUACAUAUAACGGGUGACUGGUGAUUUAGAAGUCAUCAGAGGCAGCACAGACAAGGCUGUUUUAUUAACAACAGGAGACGAAGGAUCUUAACGCAAAUAUUCAUACAAAAGUAAAAAAAAAUACAUCAUUUAUUAUCAUUUACUCAGCAUUUAGCACUCAAAUACUUGAAAAAGGCAAAUUUCAGGGGCUAGGUAUUAAACAAGUUAAACUAAGAGUACAGACACUAUCAUAAUGAAUACAGUAUGCUUCUAUUUAGCCUAAUAUGCUUAUGGACUCGAUCUCACAAUCGAAGUUUUCAUAUAAAAUCUACUUGGGAAUUAGUGCCAUAUAUAUAAAAAAAUCACGAAGAAUUUAAGAAACAGCCUAAACUGGAGCAUACUUUUGUACAUAUCUCAUGGAUACGCAAAGAAACAUUUUCUAUUUUUAUGUAGUUAUUUCUUCCGUAUAAAGUUAAGUGUGUUGACGUCUUGGUGUUAUAUAAAAAGCUGAGUUCCCCUUCAGGUUUAUUUCUCUCGUUGUGAGUUGGUUAUUGUGACUUAGUAGUAAAUAAGUGUUUGGCUCGGGCGGGCGGUUUUCAGCUUCACGUCAGGGCAGGAAUGAGGCUCGUCUUUUCAUCCUUGUAACCUUCUCACAAACCUAACGCACAAAAUCUAACAAAUCCUCAACAUUAAAAUGCUGAUUGGCUAAUUUAACAAAACCUUACCUAAAGCUUAUGUUAAUUAUCUGGUUAGAAUAUCAAGGGAUGUCACGGUGGGUAGGGAGCCCACAGCCUACCUCAUGACCGUUGACUUGUGGACUUCGCAAUUAGAUGACAAAGGAGAUCCUUGCCCCAUCCCCGCCCUCCCCCCCCCCUACAUUCAUAUUAUUUUCAUAGUCGACUAGGAUUUAGUUAAAUUGGAAAUGAAUAAUUUUAAUAUUAUUAAAAAUGUAUAAAACAUAUAUAUAAAUUUAUGUGGAAAACACAUAUCCUAUUUUGUGAUGUUAAACUCCAAUCUUUAAGAUGUUAAUACUGAGCUGGGGCCUGGAGCGCCCUUAGACUCACUCUCUACAAUCCUUUAUUAUAUUGUUCAAUUGUCUUAUUCAUAUACAUACGAAGCGCUACCUCUGCCUCAUCGUUCCUCAUUAACCCAGCACCCAAACUCAGUGUCAAAAUGGCGUACUGCCCAUAAUAGUGAAAAAAAAGACACGUUACAGAAGAAGCUUUUACAGGGAUACCAUUUUGCUGUGUAGAGCUUUAUCAAGUCAGGAAUAAAAUAAAACUCUGCACAGAACGUUUCAAAACGCUGUCCCAAUAGUAGCUUGCUUUGCAAUGCGCCUUUUCUUCACGUAACCUCUGCUUCACUAUCCAUCCCAAUCCCAGAAUUCAACCCUACCUCAUCAUUCCUCACACCCCCAGGACCUAGACCCAGUACAAGCCAAUGGCACAAAUAAACCCACAUGUACAGAAAUUAACGAUGAAUAGAACUACGAUAUGCUUAAUUAUUAUUACCACUACUAAUCAAAAUAAUAAAUGACCCAGAGGUUUAGAGCUUGAUCGCCUGGUGCCAGGUGGGGCAGGUGAAGGAGUCGUACUAAAGGAAGACGAGAACAAGCUGAGAGACAAAUUAUUUUUUCCUAUUUUUGUGAUUCCUCAUCCCAUAUUUCCUUUAAAAACUCAUCUGUUCCGCUCCUCUCUUCUAUCAAUUGUGUAGAGUUUUAUUUCUCCCUCGUUAUUCCCACGUCAUUAUUACAAUCAAAACUAAGUCUAAACAUCCUCAGAACACUGCCCAGGUCCUCGUUAUCCUAUGUCAAGGUCCGUCAGCACUGGAGGUGAUCAGUGAAAAGUGUCCGAAAUAUCACAAGUUAUUGAGUUCUGCACUACAUUGUCAAGAAAGCUGUGUUACUCCAGCUCUUUGCGUUACCAGCUAGUAUUGUUUCCUUACGCCAGCUACCAAACACGAUGUCAUAAAUUUUAUUCACGUUUGUACCUUUACAUUAACACUGCAGGAAAUGAUCAAGAAACACAUUCUCUGAUGUGUGCCUUAGUUCUUUCCUCGUAAUUAAGUGACAAGUGCAACGCCAAUCUUCUGCUUAAUAACCUUUAUAUAGCCACAAUUUCUGGGACGCUAUUAUGUAAAUGACUUGACCCUCCAGCCUUGACUUGCUACUGGGGCGACUUGGCUUUCUCGAUGCUAGCUUGGACCCACUCGGCCUAGCUUGGCUCAACUGAGCCUAGCUCGACUCUUGUGUAUCUCGUUUAGCUCUCCGUGGCUUGGCUUGGUUAUAACAUCGGUAUGACUGUCAUUGGAUAAUUGAUUUUAACGAGGCACAAUUUACUUUAUAGAUUUUAAAAAUCGGGUAAUAGGCACACAUGCCAAAGAUUUCCACUGUUACUAGAGCAAGCAUGUAUUAAGGAAGAGCUUCACUCAGAGCGAAAAUUUGUCUUAACGCUUGCUCUGUUCUGAUUGCCUUAUUCUAUUCGACACUGCUUUCCACCCACCGGCACUGUGUUUUUCAACUACAGGUUACCAUACAUCCACUCCCAAAUUUAGAGAGGCGGUUUAUAGUACUCUAUUAAUAUAGCAAUUAAGCUUUAAGCAACAAGGCUGUCAAGUGUAAACAGUUCGAAUUUCUGUCUUGGUCAAGCGUCUAAUACGAGUCUCUAUAAUGAUACAUUGAAAAAAUAUCGGGAUAUACAAGUGUUACAUUAGCCUACUGGGUCUGAAUUUUUUUUCUGCACUAGCUUAUGUCUCCUGGAUCUGGCUUGACAUUGCUUAUUUUAUUUUCCUCUCCCCUCCCUCAACAUACCUCACCUGCUGUCAUCAUCUCGACUUUUUCCUCAAUAAGCAUUCUCGCGUGCGUAUUAACCAACAAUUUGUAUCAUAAAUUCCCUUUAGACAGUUGCUGUUAUGAUGUUCGCUCCUCUUACAUAUCCUUCGGUUAAUUGGACCAUUAUACAUAAUGAAUAUGUCUUAAGAUGAUGUAUAUAUGCACGUAUAUAUAAAUGCCUGCAUACUUACAUUAAUAUUCUCAUCGGGUAAUUCACCUUCUGGUCUUGGGCUCUCUGAUUGGUUGGAAUCAGUGCCGAGCUCUCCUGACGUCGUGGACAGAUUUAAUGACGUCAUUGAUCAGCUGAUGAGCUAUCCGCCAUCCUAAUCAAAAAAAAAAAAAAGAAAAAACACUGAAUUAUCAAGUAGUCAUUCCAUAUCAUGUUUGUUUAGUUUGUUUCUUGUUUACAACAAUCCACUAGUUGACUGGUUCUGUUGUAAACAGGCUGUUAGCAUCUAGUUAUAUGUGACGUCAUAAAGAGAGAUAUUUUCAUUUUAUACUGAUUUGUAACGUGAAAAAUAUAACAAUAAAGAUUUUUAUUGCACAAAUUAUUGCUUUGUAUAUAUCUGAUGCAAUUAUCAUCGCCAUUUUAGGAUAUUUACAAAAUUAAACGUCAGAAUAAUA